GGUUGCGCGUCGGGAGGCCCGAGCGGCCCAGCCCGUGGCCCGCUCCGUGUCAGGCAGUCAUGGAGCGGCUGCCUGGAGUCGCCGCCGCGGGGGUGGCCGGGCGCGGGGCGCGCGGUCCCGGCUGAGCCGGCAGCCGUCGGAGCGAGGCCCCCUGUGAGAGAGACGACGGAGGCGGAAGCAACGCGACCCCACAGGCGGCGGCGGGAGCCGGGGCCGCCUGGGAUGUUCAGUCAUGAAACGAGUGCGCACCGAGCAGAUUCAGAUGGCAGUGUCCUGCUACCUCAAACGCCGGCAGUACAUGGACUCAGACGGUCCCCUCAAGCAAGGACUGCGGCUGUCUCAGACUACCGAGGAGAUGGCGGCCAGUUUCUCAGUUCAAUCAGAAUCUGGUUUUGCCAAUAUGGUGAACGGAGCCCCUUGCCAGGGAGAACUCCAGCAAUAUGAAGUACAGUUUGGACGACUGAGGAAUUUUCUCACUGAUUCUGAUUCACAGCAUAGCCAUGAAGUGAUGCCUCUCCUGUAUCCUCUUUUUGUCUACCUCCAUCUCAACCUGGUCCAGAACAGUCCGAAGAGCACAGUGGAAAGUUUUUACAGCCGCUUCCAUGGAAUGUUUCUGCAGAAUGCUAGUCAGAAGGAUGUCAUUGAGCAGCUACAGACCACUCAGACCAUCCAGGACAUCCACUCUAACUUAAAGCUCCGAACAUUCCUAGAUAACAAGUACGUGGUCCGUCUCCAAGAAGACAGCUACAACUACCUUAUCCGCUACCUCCAAAGUGACAACAAUACUGCCCUGUGCAAAAUCCUCACCUUACAUAUUAAUCUUGAUGUGCAGCCUGCGAAGAGAACAGACUACCAGCUCUAUGCCAGCGGUAGCUCUUCCCGCAGUGAGAGCAAUGGCUUAGAGCCCCCCGACAUGCCCAGUCCCAUUCUGCAGAAUGAGGCUGCCCUGGAGGUCUUGCAGGAGAGCAUUAAGCGUGUCAAGGACGGGCCUCCUUCCCUCACUACCAUCUGCUUCUAUGCCUUCUACAACACAGAGCAACUGUUGAACACUGCAGAAAUUUCCCCCGAUAGCAAGCUGCUUGCUGCUGGGUUUGACAACUCCUGUAUAAAACUUUGGAGUUUACGAUCCAAGAAAUUAAAAUCAGAGCCCCAUCAAGUAGACGUGUCUCGCAUUCACCUGGCUUGUGAUAUCCUGGAAGAGGAGGAGGAUGAGGAUGAUAGUGCAGGCACAGAGAUGAAGAUCCUGCGGGGCCACAGUGGACCAGUGUACGGCACAAGGUUCCUCACAGACAGCUCAGGGUUGCUCUCUUGUUCUGAAGACAUGACCAUCAGGUACUGGGACCUGGGGAGCUUCACUAACACUGUGCUGUAUAGAGGACACGCCUAUCCCGUGUGGGACCUGGACAUCAGCCCAUACAGCCUGUACUUUGCCAGCGGCUCCCAUGACCGCACGGCCAGGCUAUGGUCAUUUGAUCGGACGUACCCGCUGAGGAUAUUUGCAGGACACCUGGCAGAUGUGGACUGUGUCAAAUUCCACCCCAAUUCAAGCUACAUAGCUACAGGCUCCACCGACAAGACAGUCCGACUGUGGAGCACUCAGCAGGGGAACACGGUGAGGCUGUUCACGGGCCACCGCGGCCCUGUGCUUUCUCUCGCCUUUUCCCCCAACGGUAAGUACUUGGCGUCUGCUGGUGAAGACCAGAGGUUGAAGCUAUGGGACUUGGCAUCCGGGACCCUUUUUAAAGAACUGAGAGGCCACACAGACAACAUCACCAGCCUCAACUUCAGUCCAGACAGCAGCUUGAUCGCCUCUGCCUCCAUGGACAACUCCGUGCGUGUCUGGGACAUCAGGAACGCUUACUGCAGCACGCCUGCCGACGGCUCCUCCAGUGAGCUUGUGGGCGUGUACAGUGGGCAGAUGAGCAACGUUCUGAGCGUGCAGUUCAUGGCCUGUAACCUUCUUCUGGUGACUGGAAUCACACAAGAAAAUCAGGAACAUUAAUAUUUUUUUUCUUUGCUGGAGUGGACUAGGGCAGUUAUGGACGGCCUCCAAAGGUAGUCCUGCGGCAAGCUGAGAUUGAAUCACUGAGUGACUGUGAAAGAGCAUCCUCUCGCCCUCCUGGACACUCAGCCCAGGCAGGCCUCCCUCUGCUGAGCCCCACCGUGUUAGAAGGAUCACAGGGA